AUGAGCGGUCAGCCGGGUCCCAGCGCUACAUCGCCACCCGCAGAAGCUUCUCUUGCUCCAACUCCAUCUGCUGUCACAUCUACAACAGCUGCUCCUGCACCAGCUCCUCCUGCUCCAACUCCUUCUGCUGCCUCACCUGCAGCAGCUCCAUCUGCUCCACUUCCACCUACGCCUUCAGCUCCUCCUGUUGCUCCAGCUCAAGCUGCCACUGCUAAUGUUCAAACUACUGCUGUUCCUGAAACCCCCAUAGCCAAUGGAGUCGCCGCAGCUGGUCCCAAUGGCGCCACCCAGCAUGCAAAUGGUGGACUACCAAACAAUUCUUUGAUGAACGUUGUUGGAAGGACUAGCUUCAUAGCAAAGGUGAGUGAUUAG